GGGAGGUGAUAAGUGAUGAGCAUGGCAUCGAUCCCACUGGUAGCUACCAAGGUGACAGUGACCUGCAGCUGGAGAGGAUAAAUGUCUACUACAAUGAGGCAUCAGGGAGCACAGGUAUCUGCAGUCUCAGUAUAGAUGACCCAGAGCCCACUGUGCCUCGGUUUCAUCUCACUAUCUGAUUUUUUUUAAUGGCGUGGCAUGUUGAAGGUCAUUCCAAAUUCAUUGCGUGUCAUUACUCACAGCUGCCGUGCACAGAACAGUCGAACAAAGAGGUUCAGUAAUCAUGCAGGUCUCUCUCGAGUGAUUCAGCUUUUAAAUUGACACUGUUGCAGAAGGACAAGUCGGUGCAGAUCUCUAGACAGGAUUAAGAUCACUCAUCAGCUUUGCACAAAGGCCCGUACAGGAGGCGCAUACUGGCCUAAACAGUAUAUUCACUAUUACUGUCCACCACUAACCUAUUUACUAGCAGCAAGCUUUAUUGAUCCUUUGUUUUCACGUUGCAUGCUAGCAUCAGUGUCACCAACUGGGUCACUAUUGAAUGUGUAUUGACUGACUCCAAUGAAUUAGUAAUGUCUCCUUAAAAGCUAUGAAUACACUGGCAGAUGUUUACUGAAGCAAGUGACAUUAAGACUUAUGCAGGCACGACAAAAGAAAAAGAGGUAUGGUAAGGGUUGGUUUGAACUCUGCAGAGCUCAGCACUUUGCAGGCCCCACUGGUCUAGAAUAAGCAGUGCAGCAUGCUGCAGCAGUUUGCUUGCAAGAAGGGUUACAGAAAAAAAAGGGAGGAACAUAAAGUGCAAGAAAGAAACAAAAGAAGGCACCAUGCGGCCUUUGAAUAUCCAGCUUAAUGGACAGGCUUUAGUAUUCUUUAAACAAAAGGCUGUUUAUCUAACAGCUUACUUUAGCAAAUUGUACUACUAUAAUAGUAUCAUUGUAGAUCAGUAUACUCAAUAUGGAGAAACAAAAUCUUAAGCUUUUUUCAUUUUUCACUGCAAGGGUGCUGACAUCCUGCGCACUGAGACUGUUGAUAUCAUACUCCACCCUUCCAUCCAUCACCCCUCUCUGUCCCUCUAUUCUCUGCUUUCUUUCAUCCAAAGGCAGCAAAUUCGUCCCUCGUGCCAUUCUUGUCGACCUGGAGCCAGGAACCAUGGAUUCAGUCCGCUCCGGCCCAUUUGGACAGCUAUUCAGGCCUGACAACUUUGUCUUUGGUCAAAGUGGAGCAGGAAAUAACUGGGCCAAGGGUCACUACACCGAGGGAGCCGAGCUGGUGGACUCGGUACUGGACGUGGUGAGGAAGGAGUCUGAGAACUGCGACUGCCUCCAGGGCUUCCAGCUCACUCACUCACUGGGUGGCGGCACCGGGUCAGGAAUGGGCACACUGCUCAUCAGCAAGAUCCGUGAGGAGUACCCUGACCGCAUCAUGAACACCUUCAGCGUCAUGCCUUCCCCGAAGGUGUCCGACACUGUGGUGGAGCCCUACAACGCCACGCUCUCGGUCCACCAGCUAGUGGAGAACACAGAUGAGACCUUCAGCAUUGACAAUGAGGCCCUGUACGACAUCUGCUUCCGCACCCUGAAGCUGACCACACCCACCUACGGAGACCUCAACCACCUGGUGUCAGCCACCAUGAGUGGAGUGACCACCUGUCUCCGCUUCCCUGGCCAACUCAACGCUGACCUCCGUAAGCUGGCCGUCAACAUGGUGCCAUUCCCCCGCUUGCACUUCUUCAUGCCCGGCUUUGCGCCCCUCACAAGCAGGGGCAGUCAGCAGUAUCGCGCCCUCUCCGUGCCAGAGCUCACACAGCAAAUGUUCGACGCCAAGAACAUGAUGGCAGCCUGUGACCCUCGUCACGGACGCUACCUCACUGUGGCAGCCAUCUUCCGUGGCCGUAUGUCAAUGAAGGAAGUGGAUGAGCAGAUGUUGAGCGUGCAGAACAAGAACAGCAGCUACUUUGUCGAAUGGAUUCCCAACAACGUCAAGACGGCUGUUUGUGACAUCCCUCCACGUGGCCUCAAAAUGUCUGCCACCUUCAUUGGCAACAGCACUGCCAUCCAGGAGCUGUUCAGGAGGAUCUCUGAGCAGUUCACAGCCAUGUUCCGCCGCAAGGCCUUCCUCCACUGGUACACCGGCGAGGGGAUGGAUGAGAUGGAGUUCACUGAGGCCGAGAGCAACAUGAAUGACCUGGUGUCUGAGUACCAGCAGUACCAGGACGCCACUGCUGACGAGAUGGGCGAAUAUGAGGAGGAUGAAAUAGAGGAUGAGGAAGACGUCCGCCAUGAUGUUCGCCACUGAUUGUAAAACACUGACAUGACACUCUGAGUGAAACGGUCACCUCAAAAUAUUUAUUGUUGUUGGACAGUGCAGUGAGAUUAAAAGAAGUACGCUAGAGUUGCCGGUGUUCAACUACAUAUUGCAUUGUGCAGAUCACGAUGAAAUAUAGCUGUUUAGCUAAACUUAUAUUGCAUAUAGAUAUGGCUUAUACUGACAAGGAACAUGAGUGGUGUUAGAACCUAAAAUGUGCUAAAAAAAAAGUACUACACUAAUUGGUUUUUCCAAGUCAUGCUUUGCCAGUGUUGAAAAUAAGUACAGUCUUGUUCUAAACAGUUUUGUAACAUUUACUUCAACUUACAUUCACUGUCUCAAAUCUCCAAUAAAAAAUCCAGUCCUGUCAAUA